AUGAAAUCUUACAAAAAUAAAAAAACAGAAGAAAAUGCAAGUGUCCUAUCAAAAGUAUUUAACUGUGACUUCCCAGGAAAAUAUACUAAAGACGACCUGGAUUAUGCCCAGCUUAGCUACAUUUCUAGCGAAGCAUUUAAUUUUCAAGCACUCAUUAAAAACUACACUCUUUGUCCAGAAGUAGUCGUAGACACCUUGGCCGUACUGUUUGACAAUAUUGAAAUAUCCAAUUUAAAACGCUUUCCAUUUCAAACUCUGUGUUCCUUCAUAGAUAAAGGAAAUUUUGAAAAGAUAAAAAUGGUUCAACAGCUGUGCGAGCUGAGAGAAGACAUUUUCAUCAACAUUCUCUACUCUGUGGCUUUUAGAACCAGCGAGAGUAUUUGCACGUACUUUUCUAAUCUCUCCCUUGUUUUAGGAUUUAAAAACUGUUGGAAGUUCCUUGAAAAUAGAGAACUGUGGGGUCUUGAAAGACCCAAGGCAGGGUUUUACACUAAGAAUGAUGAGAGUGUUCUAAUGAGAGUAAAGACCCAGAAUUUUGACAUAAACACUCUCAGGAUGAACAGCGAACUGCAGUAUAAACUGCCAUUUUUCCUUCAGAGCGCCUUUUCCCUGAUUUCUGGAUUUGAUCCUGAAGACCAUAUUGAUGAGAGUAAGAUCCUAGAAAUUAGAAACAUUAUUGACCAGAUAUACGAGUGCAUCUUUCCUUUGCUCUCUAAUCUUACCAUUAAAAACAAUCUCUGCGAUCUUAUUAAAAACGCUUAUCUCCAGGACAGAACGAAACUGAAAUUUGAAAGAGAGAAUAACUGCAGCGAUUCAUUCUGUUAUACAAUUUGUAUUCUUCUUUUAAGGAUAGCCAAAAGGCACUUUUAA